GUCUGUGUCGAGGAAGGAUAUGGGAAGGAUCGAUGAUCAUAUUGACAUUAAGUUUUGACAUAUAUGACGUGUGUAAUUUGUGCAUCUUUUGCUUUUUAAAUUUCGUGUCGAUUUAGGAAACGCACUUUGUUGCAGUAUAUGGGCGUUGUUUGAAUUUGUUUUCUGAAUAUAACUAAGAUGACUGCUAAAGUAGUUUAUCCAGCUUUUGGCCGUAAAUCAAUGGUUUGGGCUUACGUGUUCUGGUUAUUUGGGGGUAUACUUGGCCUGCAUCAUUUCUAUCUCCGUCGCGAUAGACAUGCUUUUGUAUGGUGGUCAACCCUGGGUGGGUUUGGUAUUGGAUGGCUGGGCGAAGUAUUUCGUAUACCGCGUUAUGUGAGAGAUGCCAAUGAAGACCCUCAGUAUAUACAAGAACUAGUCAACAGAUUGCACCAGAACAAAAAGCCUCCAUUUUCAAUGAAUCGUUUCACUACAAUGUUGAUGGUUGGAUACUCUUGGGGCCAAAUGAUGAUGUUAGCUGUUCCACCUGAUGAAUUUUGGGGAUUGAAUCUCCGUUAUCUUAAUUUACUUGUACCCUUUGUUGUUGCUCUUGGUGUCUGGACAGUGGGUAAUAUAGGACGUGAACAAGGCGGUCUGAAGUGGCCACUGUUAGCAGCAUAUGCCGCAUAUCCCGUAAGAUACUAUAUUUAUGAUGAAACAGUUUGGUUCACUGUAAUUGUCGUCGCUUCAGCACUCGCCUUUGACACGUUUUCUAAAGAAUGGCGAAGAACUCCACGCAAAAGACAACACAUUGCAAAACGUAUAAUAGUGUUGGGUGUGUGUGCUUGUUUGUAUCUCUCGCUGUGGUGUGGCUACCUAUACUUCCAUGGUACCAUCACGGACAGUGAAGGCGAUCAAGUACCAAUUUAUGAGGCACUGCAUCAUUUCUUCACAAGCCCAUGGUGGUUGGAUGUAAAACAAUGCCUUUUGGAUAUAUAUCAGUAUGCACAACACCAUGGCUGGUACGAGGUGUGGAAACAGAUCAUAGACCUAUCUGAUCCGCACGGUGAACAGAAUGCCUAUAAGGUUCUCGGUUUAGGCCCAGACGCAACUCAGCAAGAGAUAACAUCCACAUGGAGAAGAUUAUCUCGCGAGAAUCAUCCAGACAAAGUAAAAGAUGUAGUUCACAGACGGGCGGCCCAAGAGAAAUUCAUGGAAAUACAGCAAGCUUACGAAAUACUGUCUAACAGCAAACACCGACGGAAUAGACGUAAUAAAAAAGACAAUUCAGAACCAAAGUCUAGUGGGCGUAGUGAAAUGUGACCAACGCUAAUCAAACUGACUCCGAACACUUCUUAAUCGUGCUAUAAUUCAACACUUUGUUGUCUAUUUAAAGUAAAUUUCGCCAUCGCUUUUAGACUUUGAUAAUUAUAUAUAUUUAUGUAUAUGUAUAUGCUACGCUCGUUAGGCGAAAAACGCUCAUUGAGCGAAAUAAUAAGUUACAUCGUAUUGUGGCCAUAAUUAAAGAUCCACAACGUGAAAUUUAUGUUAUGGCUAUAAUAAACGCCCAUGACGUGUUGUGACAAUGACGGAAAGACCACGUAGCGAAAUCCAUGUCGUGGCCGACUUGCUAUUUGAAGAAGUGGUGUCGGUCUUUGAGCGUAACAUACACGUAUAUAUUUAGAAACAAAAAGUUAAUAAAAACUAUGUACUUACAUACAUUAGGUGAAAAGUAUUAGUAGAAACUAUUUUACCUUUUUGACUCGCCAAUUGAAGGCAUGAAGUACUUACUAUACCUAGUGGUUUUUAAAAUAAACGAACAAUUUUUCUAUUAGUCAGUAGUACAUCUAUAUUGCUCAAACUUUGAAUUCUAAUAUAUUGUGAAGAUGUUAGUAUAAUUAUUAUAAAUUUCUCGCGCAUUUAACGUACCAAAUAUAUACAGAGCAUUUAAUAGAGUUGAUGCUGUAUUUUCUCUACUUUUUAAAUAUUUUUAUAAUUAGUAGUAGUUAAUCCGUAGUUAAGACAUAGUUGCUGUCCUUUCAAUUAUCUUGACUCCACCCAAAACUAGCAACCAGUAAUAUCAUUGAAUCUUAUUACAUUUUAUUUUAAUGUUCUUUAAGUGUUAAUUUGAGGCACAAGUAGAUUUCAAUAAUUAAUCUUUUAAUGUUUUUAUCUUGAUAUUAACCUUUUAAUUGUUGUCUUUGAUAAAAUGAAAGUUGAAGUAUAUCUAUAAAUCGUAAUAAUAUACUUAAACUCACUCGUUUAUUUUCCUUAACAUUUUUUCGUCGAAUCAUAUAUUUUUGUAAAUACGGGUCUUUUUCCUUUUGAAUUAGAGCGUAAUCUACAUCUUGUUCAAUUAUGUAAUAUAUAUGGGACAUUUAUAGAUCCAUUUUACUUUAAGGCAAUAUUUUCAAGCAAGUUUCACGACUUUCUCUGAGUUUUAAAAUUAUGAAUAACGUAUGAAAAUAUACAGCAAAAAGAGAUAAAUAGGUCAGGCUAUAGAGGAUUUCAUAAGAUCAGAAAACUGAUGCUUAGUAUUUAGGAGUAACUGAAAGAAAUUUUGUUAUAUAUUAGCUUCGUAGUAGGUGGAUGUAAUCUCAUAAAAUCAAUUAUUUUAAUUACGUUAUGACUGAAUUAAGUUAAUAUUAAUGAGCAAUAGAUGUUUUUAUAUAGGUCACAUCUUUAUUGUUAAGCGUUUAUUUAAUUAAUUAU